CUCGGGGCCGGGUGAUGGGCGGGGACGAGGACCCGGGGAUUAAAAGGAGGCUCGCUCGCGGCCGCGCCGCCUGUGCCCGCGCGGCAGCUUUCCUGCAGACCAGUCUUACGAGAAGACGCGCCUCGGAAGCCCGGGCUCGGCAACCUGAAGCCUUAAGGUUAAGAAUAUUAUGAUUCCUGCAGGCAAGGUAGAGCACGCCUUUAAUCCAAGAACUCGGGAGGCAGAGGUGUGCAGAUCUCUGUGAGUUCAAGGACAGCCUGGUCUACAGAGCGAGUUCCAAGACAGUCAGGGCAACACAGAGAAACCCUGUCUCAAAAAACCAAAAGUAUUUUAUAAAUACAUCAACAUGGAAAUGUAAAGGAGCCAACGGUUAAAAAAGCACUUUGACCAAAGACUGCCCCAGACAGAAAAUCGCUCAGUCAAGCUCAGGAAAAAGGAAGUGAGAAAACAGACACGUAUGAGGACCAGCUCGCUAACCAUUUGACUUGCUCAGGGAAGUAAACCAUCUAACUCCAAAAAUGUCUUCGGAAGAUAAAGAGCAACAUGACUUUCCACUGAGGGACUUACCUGAAGAAGCCUUCAGUCUUCCAUCUGAGGACCCACUGGAGGCUCAAAGGGAAUCAAGCACUGACUUCAAGCAGUUUGAGACCAAUGAUCGACACAGACCUUAUCAUAGGAUCCACAUGGAACCUCAGGAAAAACCAGAUACUAACAUCAAAAACCUUGUCAUCAGAAAGCUGCAGAAGAGCUGCCAAUGUAGCCCAGCCAAAAUCAAAAAUAUGGUUUUUGAUUUCAUUCCUAUUUUGCGGUGGCUCCCAAAAUAUAAUCUUAAGAAAAACAUUUUAGGCGAUGUGAUGUCUGGACUGAUUGUGGGCAUACUUUUGGUGCCCCAGUCUAUUGCUUACUCCUUGUUGGCUGGCCAGGAGCCUAUCUAUGGUCUGUAUACAUCAUUUUUUGCCAGCAUCAUCUAUUGCCUGUUUGGUACCUCUCGCCACAUCUCUGUGGGCAUUUUUGGAAUACUGUGCCUUAUGAUUGGUGAGGUAGUUGACCGAGAACUACAUAAAGUCUGCCCUGACAUUGCUGCUACAUCGUCUUCAUUUGCAGUGACUUCAAAUGGAUGUGUGUCAGUAAACCAUACAUUAGAUGGACUUUGUACCAAAAGUUGUUAUGCAAUUAAAAUUGGCACCACUGUGACCUUCAUAGCUGGAGUUUAUCAGGUAGCGAUGGGCUUCUUUCAAGUGGGCUUUGUCUCUGUCUACCUCUCAGAUGCCUUGCUGAGUGGGUUUGUCACUGGUGCCUCUCUCACCGUUCUCACAUCUCAGGCCAAGUACCUCCUCGGGCUAAAGCUUCCUCGGAGCAGUGGUGUAGGCUCGGUCAUCACUACCUGGAUCAAUAUCUUUAGAAACAUCCCUAAGACCAAUAUCUGUGAUCUCAUCACCAGCCUGUUGUGUCUCCUGGUCCUUUUGCCAAGCAAAGAACUCAAUGAACGCUUCAAGGCCAAGCUCAAGGCGCCAAUUCCAACCGAACUCAUUGUUGUGGUGGCAGCGACAUUAGUUUCUCAUUUUGGAAAACUAAAUGAGAAUUACAAUUCCAGUAUUUCUGGACAUAUUCCCACUGGGUUUAUGCCGCCCCAAGCACCAGACUGGAGCCUGAUUCCUAAUGUGGCUAUAGAUGCAAUAGCUAUUUCUAUCAUUGGUUUUGCUACCACUGUAUCUCUUUCUGAAAUGUUUGCCAAGAAACAUGGCUACACGGUCAAAGCAAAUCAGGAAAUGUACGCCAUUGGCUUUUGCAAUAUCAUACCUUCCUUCUUCCACUGCAUAACUACUAGUGCUGCUCUUGCAAAGACAUUGGUGAAAGAAUCAACAGGCUGCCAGUCCCAGCUGUCAGCUAUCGUGACAGCCCUUGUUCUUUUGUUGGUCCUUCUGGUAAUAGCUCCUUUAUUCUAUUCCCUUCAAAAAUGCGUCCUUGGUGUCAUCACGAUUGUAAAUCUCCGGGGUGCCCUUCUCAAAUUUAGAGACCUACCCAAGAUGUGGAGGGUUAGCAGAAUGGAUACGGUUAUCUGGUUUGUGACUAUGCUCUCCUCCGCUCUGUUAAGCACCGAAAUAGGCCUGCUUGUUGGGGUUUGUUUUUCUAUGUUUUGUGUAAUCCUCCGUACUCAGAAGCCAAAAGCUUCACUGCUUGGUUUGGAAGAAGAGUCUGAAACCUUUGAAUCCAUUUCCGACUACAAGAACCUUCAGACCAAGUCGGACAUCAAGAUUUUCCGCUUCAUAUCCCCUCUCUACUACAUAAACAAAGAAUGCUUUAAAUCAGCUCUGUACAAGAAAACUAUAAACCCAGUCUUGGUAAAGGCAGCUUGGAAGAAGGUAGCAAAGAAGAAACUCAAAGAGGAAACAGUGAUUUUCAGUGGGAUCCAGGACGACGUUUCAGUGCAGCUCUCCCGUGACCCCUUGGAGCUACACGCUAUUGUCAUUGACUGCAGCGCAAUACAGUUUCUAGACACCGCGGGGAUCCACACCCUGAAAGAAGUUCGCAGGGAUUACGAAGCCAUUGGCGUCCAGGUUUUACUGGCUCAGUGCAAUCCUUCUGUGAGGGAUUCCCUGACCAGAGGAGAGUACUGCAAAAAGGAAGAAGAAAGUCUUCUCUUCUAUAGUCUGUCUGAAGCAGUGGCUUUUGCAGUGGACUCUCAGAAGCAGAAAGGAAUGCCUGCUCUCAAUGGUCUGAGUCUUUCCGGUGACUGAGAAAGUAAAUAAAAGGAAGAAGAGUGCCUUGCCAGUUUCAACAUGCAAUGUUUUCUACCGUGAAAGGAGAAAGUGGUACACACUUGAAAUAGUUCCCCUUUGAAGCUAAUAGCCUUUUGAUAUUCUCACAUGCGGUAGAGCUUAGGUUGGGCAGAAUCAAAAAGAAGAAAAUGCUAUGGCUUCAGACUUUGAUGCAGAUAAUCAUUCUUGGGGUACAAUAUAAACAGAAUGGAACUGUAAAGCAGCCCCCAAACUUGGUCACCUUGCCUUAGGGACUGUACAUCUGAACUCUGUCCUCCAGGAGGCAGAGAGCUGAAGUUGGGGUUUGCUUUACACACACAAGCCUUCGCAUGGCUCUGCGGAGCGGGGAAGAAAGACAGCGUUGCUGGUCCAUGGGCUGGUGAAGCACAAGGGCCUCCCUAAACGAGUUCUGUUCUCACUGUCUUUCUCUUUGUUUUGCCCCCAGAGAGCAGUAAGAUCUCUGGCUGGUAGUGGGAAAUCGCAUUUCUCCUCUCCUUCACACAGGAAGUGUGGCAUAGUCUCCUACGAGAAGCUGGUCCUGACAGCCAGCCUGACACUGUACAGACCUCUACUGCAAACACUGAUGUUUUAGUCAUGCCUUUUUAUUUAGAAUAAGUAGGUAAGGAAAAAGUUCAAAGUCACAGAGACAGUGGGAGUCUUUGUUCUUCAACUCCAUCUUUGUUUCUGAGAAUCUGCCUACUGUAGGCUGUUUCCUCUUUGACUUAGCCUGGUGCUUUCUCCUGAAAUCUUUCUGAAGUUGGUAUUUCUGAAUCAGUGGCAGUCUUGUCAGACAAAGCAGAAUAUUGUCUCAGCAAGCUCUUGCAGCACUGUAAAGGGACUUGUGCAUAGUCAAGGAGAGAUUGCAAAAAAAACGAAUGACAGUUCCCCUUAAGAAAUGCCACCAACAACAAUAAUCCACCACACGGUGGUAUUUUAGCAAGGACCUGCUGGGCAUUGGUAGUCUUUCGUAAGUAGAAGUAGCUGCAUGCAGGAGGACUUGGAACUUUCACGGAACCUUAGUUUUACUGGUAUGUCAUUCUUGGUGGCUG